GUCCGGCGCCUGCGCACUGCCGGGCGCGGGUCCAGCAUACAAGAUGGCGGCGGUGGCUGCCAGGGUGAGGCGGCCCCGGGAUGGCGGCGGGAAGCGGAGCGGCCCCCAGAGCCCCCUCGCCCCGGCCCCGCGCUCAGGCCGCCCCUCCCGCCCGCGGAGCCCCGAGCCGCGAUGAGGCGCCCGCCCGCCGCGCCCGCCACUAGCCCGGCCAGGCCGCCCCGCAGCCGCAGACGUCGCCGCUGGAGCCGCCGCCCCCCCCUGCAAUUGCUGAGCGAUGGCCAACGAGAACCACGGCAGUUCUAGGGAGGACGCUGCUCUGAUGAGCCACUCUCCUGGCACAUCCCAUCAGAACCAGCCAAGCUCUCCUAAGCCCGUUCGGCUGGUGCAGGAUUUGCCAGAUGAGCUCGUGCAGGCUGGCUGGGAGAAGUGCUGGAGCAAGCGGGAGAACCGCCCUUACUACUUCAACCGCUUCACCAACCAGUCGCUCUGGGAGAUGCCGCUCCUGGGUCAGCAUGAUGUCAUUUCAGAUCCUCUCGGUCUGAAUGCAGCUCCCGUGCCUGCGGAAGGGGGAGUUGGUGACGUGGCCGCUGAAGGCAAGGUGCAGAAACAGAGGCUGUCGGAGGAAGCUCAGCCCAGUGGCAACAGUGUGAAGAAGCCCAAGGUUGACGUAUCAGGGAACCCUCCCACUCAGCCCGUCUCCAACUCCUUCAGUACGCCUGGGACUCCUCUUUUGAAGAUGUGGGGGGUUUCUCCUGAAGACAAGCAACAGAUUGCUCUUUUGCGACCAACCGAGGUGUACUGGGACCUGGACAUCCAGACAAAUGCUGUUAUUAAGCAGAGAGCCCCCUCCGAGGUGCUUCCUCCUCACCCGGAAGUGGAACUCCUUCGAUCCCAGCUGAUGCUGAAGCUGCGCCAGCAUUACCGAGAGCUUUGCCAGCAGCGCGAAGGGAUUGAGCCUCCGCGGGAGUCCUUCAACCGUUGGAUGCUGGAGCGGAAGGUGGUGGACAAAGGGACAGACCCUCUGUUGCCAAGUGACUGUGAGCCUGUGGUGUCUCCUUCCAUGUUCAGAGAAAUCAUGAAUGACAUUCCGAUCAGGUUGUCCCGCAUUAAGUUCCGAGAAGAAGCCAAGAGGCUGCUCUUCAAAUACGCUGAGGCUGCAAAGAGGCUCAUUGAAUCCAGGAGUGCCUCUCCAGACAGCAGGAAGGUGGUCAAGUGGAACGUGGAGGACACCUUCAGUUGGCUGCGGCGGGACCACUCGGCCUCCAAGGAAGACUACAUGGACCGUCUGGAGCACCUGCGCAAGCAGUGUGGCCCGCAUGUGUCUGCUGCAGCCAAGGACUCUGUGGAGGGCAUCUGCAGCAAGAUCUACCACAUCUCGCUGGAGUACGUCAAGCGCAUUCGUGAGAAACACCUGGCCAUCCUCAAGGAGCACAGCAUACCUGCGGAGGUGGAGCCUCCAGAUGUGCAGGAGCGGCUUGUCUACUGCUUCCCGGUGAGGUUGGCCGUCCCCUCCCCAGCACUGCCGAACGUGGAGAUGCACGUGGAGAACGUGGUUUGUGUGCGCUAUAAGGGCGAGAUGGUGAAAGUCAGCCGCAACUACUUCAGCAAGCUGUGGCUACUAUAUCGAUAUAGCUGCAUUGACGAUUCCAGCUUUGAGCGGUUCUUGCCGAGGGUUUGGUGCCUUCUCCGCAGAUACCAGAUGAUGUUUGGUGUCGGGCUCUAUGAAGGGACGGGCCUGCAGCGGGCGCUCCCAGUGCACGUCUUCGAAGCCCUCCACAAACUCUUUGGGGUCAGCUUUGAGUGCUUUGCCUCCCCCCUGAACUGCUACUUCAAGCAGUACUGCUCUGCUUUCGUGGACACGGAUGGGUAUUUUGGAUCACGAGGUCCCUGCCUGGAUUUCUUCCCCAUCAGCGGCUCAUUUGAGGCCAACCCUCCGUUCUGUGAGGAGCUGAUGGAUGCCAUGGUCUCUCACUUCGAGAAACUGCUGGAAACCUCGAGUGAGCCGCUGUCCUUCAUCGUCUUCAUCCCCGAGUGGCGGGACCCCCCCACCCCGGCACUGACACGCAUGGAGCAGAGCAAGUUCAAGCGGCAGCAGCUCAUCCUGCCCGCCUUCGACCACGAGUACCGCAGUGGUUCCCAGCACGUGUGCAAAAAGGAGGAAAUGUACUACAAAGCGGUCCACAACACGGCCAUCCUCUUCUUGCAAAACAACCCUGGGUUUGCCAAGUGGGAGCCCACCUCUGAGCGGCUGCAGGAGCUCCUAACGGCCUAUAAACACUCAGGGCGGACCCUUGCCGCCCCAUCUUCCUCCUCUUCCUCCUCCUCUGCUCCAGACAAUGAUCGAGAUGCAGUUCGGGAGCAGAGCACCAGUCGCGAGACCACCCCCAAUUAACAGCCAGCUGGCUGGGCUGACAGACUGGGGGGGGGGGGAGAGUGCCCCGCUGGAGAUGAAGCCUGGCGGAGCAGCAUGCACCUGCUUCUCCACUGCUGCAAGCCCUUGGUGGAGAACAUCGAGCCUUGGAGCCACACCACAGGACCCAGAGCAGGCGCCUGCUGCUCCCUCCCUGAAGGAGCGCACAAGAGCUGUGGCAGAGGGUACAGACAGCAGCCUAAGUGGGCCAGGCAACCAGAAUGAGGCCUGAGGGGGUUGGGGGCAAAGCCCUGGCUCUCAGCACUGCAGCAGGAACUGGGACUACUUUUGCCUGGGAGAGGGGGGGGGAGUAGGGCUGUGCUGCGCACUGUGGUGGCUCUGGCCCAGCCCAGCUGUGUUUAUAAUGUAAAUAUGUGUCAGUGUGAUAACUCAGCUCCGCACAGGCCAUCUUGUUGCCUUUCUCUUGUUUCUUGCCCAAGCGUUCCAGUUGCGUGUUCUCACUGAUGCCGUUUACUGUAAACCAGAGCAAAGGCGUUCAAGUGUGUGUCUGCAGAAGUCUUGGCCGCCAUUUUGUAGUUGUCAUGAUUUCUACCUGAAGCCCCAGCCUGUCUUGGAGGCCCUUGGGUUUUGUUUUUUUUAAGGAUUUAAUUUAACAGCACUAACCAUUUUAUUACUUCUAUCAAAAGUGCAAAGGAAAGUCUAUUUUUGAUUUCACUUCCUAGUUCUUAGGAACAUUAAAAACCAGCAUUACAUUG